AUGUUCAAGCUUUUCGUUGUCGUAUUUCUCUUCGCUACGGCGACAUGGACUGUCAACGCCCAAUGUGGGAGAAAGUGUCGCUUCAGGAUCUGCCCGCUGAAUGGAAGCGAUCCUCCAGACGUCCGUCCCAAAGGAGCUCGAAUCCGUCUCCGUGGGCCGGAUACUAGUCGCACCGGCUACAUCUGCCGUAGCUUCCCCAACAACAGGACUUUGGGAACUGUCGAGCGCACUGGAACUGCCACAGUAUCCAAAGACGGAAUAACAAGUCGGAUUGACCAAUACAGACCACCACCACCACCAACUCUUUCACCUAUGUUCCCCAAAAACUACUUCCGGUUGUACAAUAUCUUGUACGGAGGUGGUUUGCAAGGUAUUGGUCGCCGUGCUAGCAGCGGAAAUCAAGAGGAUUUCUUGGACGAUUUAUGUGUCACUCUUCCCAUUAGGCGCUAUAACAUCGAAAACACAGAUGGAUCUGUGUUCCGCACCAUCUCGACCAACAACGAGAGGGACUGCGUUUCAUUCAGAACAAUUAAUCAAGCGAUCUUGGUUGAGGUAGCAUGGGAUUCUGCUGAUGACUUUGAUCUCUCUGUUCAGGACCCCGAUGGUGGUGGCGGACGUCUAAUCAAAGACAACAACAUCGGCCGGUGCCAAGGCGGUCCUCCCCAAGGAAAGGAAGCGGUUGUCUUCGAUACUGCCAAGCCCGGAACCUACGAGAUCACGCUCCGCCACUUCAACAACUGCGGUGGGCGGACCAGGUUCACUGUUAAUGCUAUCGUCAAUGGUGUGAGGGUCUUCCAGAGGAGAGGUCGCUCCAGUGUGGACGGAAAGAUUGUUCUCGAAGCUAGUUUCGAAGUCUAA